UGCUGGGUAAAUUCAUCAGCACAUUCAGGAAGGAGCUGACCCAGUCUGCAGAGCGAGCCCGAACCUCGAGCACGCCCUCCGAGAUACAACGGACCGAAUCACUGCUCGACCCGGUUAGCAGGUAUGGCAGAGUUGGCGAGUCUGGUGCAGCGGCUGGAGGUKGCGGUGGGCCGUCUGGAGUCCAUGUCGGGCUCGGGGGGCAGCGCUGGAGCCCCUUCUGGAGGAGCCGUAGCGGUGUUCGUCGGAGCCUUCGACACGAUUGUCAACGGACCCGUGGCCCAAUACAUGUCCCUCAGCCAGCAGAUCGGAGGAGACGUCCAGAAACAUGCAGUGAUGAUGAAGCAGGCGUUCUCCAAUCAGAGACAGCUCCUCGUCACAGCUUCAUCCUCCCAGAAGCCCUCAGACGCGGUCCUGAAGUCUCUCUUGGAGCCUGUCUCUAAAACCAUCCAGCAGGUUCAGGCGUUCCGUGAGCAGAACCGGACCUCCCCGCUGUUCAACCACCUGUCUGCUGUCAGCGAGAGCGUCCCCGCCCUGGGAUGGGUCGCCAUGGACCCRAAGCCCGGACCGUACGUCAAAGAAAUGCAGGACGCUGCCAUGUUCUACACCAACAGAGUCCUGAAGGAGUACAAGGACAAGGACAAGACACACGUGGACUGGGUGAAGGCCUACUUGUCCAUCUGGACCGAGCUGCAGAACUACAUCAAACAGCACCACACCACUGGACUGACCUGGAGCAGAACCGGUCCGGUUGCCUCUGCCUCUGCUGCCCCCCCCAGCGCUCCGGCUGGUGGAUGUCCCCCCCCACCUCCCCCUGGAC